GCACAAUUUUUAUCAUAUUUAUAGUUGCGCCUGUGAGCACCCUUAUCACCGAAUUUGAGGGAAUCUCUGUGUCAUGAAUGCUUGCACUUAAAGCACCAUACUUAUGCUUUCUUCUAGCGUUUUUAUCGUUGCGUUCACAGCAAAUUAACUCCUUUUAUGCGGAAGAUCAAGGUCCUAUGUCUCCAUGGAUACAGGCAAACGGCUGAUUCAUUCUACGAAAAGACAGGUGCUUUCCGAAAACAUCUGAAAAAGAAAGCCGAUUUCGCAUUUCUCACGGCCCCAAACAACAUCCCAGAAGAUGAUGGAAGUGCCUGGUGGUUUUCACAUCCAGAUUUGAAAUUCAGCGCAAAAGAUGUCAGCAACCACAGCAUCGGCUUCCAGACCUCUGUAGAUGCUCUGAAGGUCUUCAUUUCUGACGAGGGUCCAUUUGAUGGAAUUUUCGCUUUCAGUCAAGGUGCUGCUUUUGCUCUGAUUUUGCAACUUAUGCUGGAAAAUCAUUUAUUGGAUCUCGGCGAGUUUCGACCAAAGUUUUCAAUUUUGAUCGCUCCAUUUCUCAGUACCUCUGCACGGUUCCAGGAAGCCUACGGCCACAAAACUAGUUUGCCUACUUUAGUCAUUUACGGCAAAGCAGAUGAAGUUAUACCUCCCGGCAUGACAGAAGCCAUUCUACCAAUGUUCCAUCCUCCAGCUACUGUUUACGCGCACGAGGGAGGACACUUUAUUCCCGCCAAUGCAGAUGCCAAGCUUGCAUAUGACUCACUUCUAUCGCCUCUCCUGAUGGAAUAAAUGGUUUUUCUAGCCAA